AUGGCGGCGUUAAAAAAGACGAAUAAACGAAAACAUAUCCAAAACAGUGAUCCUGGUAAAAUAUUAGAUUUGGUAAUGAACUUAACUGACGAUAGCUGUUCUCAAUUACAAAUAAAAAUUAACUCUUACUUAAAAGAAGAAUGCGACGCCGAGACCGUGUUUGAGAUAAUAGUGCAUGGGGGCGUUGAAGCCUCGAUUGAAACCGUUGGUUUGAUACAGUUGUCGCGAAAAAUUAAGAUUUGCAUGACGCAAAAGCUUUCCGACUUAUUAAAAUCGUCUAUCGACCAAAGUGAUUUUUUGUCUAAUUUUGGAUCCGAUGUCCAAACGAUUUUACAACCGUUCGUGACUAAGGAGUCUAAGAAACGCGUCAUAAUGUUUCCAGUAGUAGAUAAUCCAUUUUCAAUUAUAAUCUGUGCCGUCGCCCCGAAGAUUGUUGAAGAACAAGUAGCUUUGAUUAUACACGAGUGUUUUGUGUUUGUAUGGCCAGUACUUAAGAAAAGCAUUGCUCUGGAAUACGAGUGUACUUUGAAACAGAAAUGUCAGCAGUUACUGCGUGUAGCCAGAAGACUGUUCACACAAGUGGCAUCCUUGGAGACUCUGCUUCAAAUGGCCAUGGAGCAAGCCAAACAACUUACGAAAGCGGAGCAUUGCUCUGUAAUGUUGGUAGACGUGGACCGAAUGGAACUGGUCGAACGAAGCAAUCUCGGACAUAUGGUGCAAGGUGACGGCAAUGAAUCCUCAGAGCGAAGGUUUCCUAUAAACAUAGGUAUAACGGGACAGGUUAUUAAAACUGGUAAACUAAUCAACUGCAAGAACGCCAAGGAACACGCUGCCUUCGACCCGUCUAUAGAUUGUUAUCCCGACAUAGAAUGCAAGUCAAUCCUCUGCUUCCCAAUUUGCGAGCGUUCAGGCAUCAUAGGUGUGGGUCUCUUGAUCAAUAAAAUCGGCGAUCCAUACUUUGAUGCUAUGGACGAGGAGAUGGCCUUGGCUUUCAGUAUAUACUGUGGGGUUUGCAUCACUCAUUCUGUUGUGUAUCAGAAGAUACAGGAGGCUCACAUUAGGAACGCUCUCACUAAUGAAUUGGUCAUGUAUCAUAUGAAGGUAAGCGACGCGGAGGUGAGUCGUAUGUUGGAGUGCACGGGGUUCCACAACCAAGCUCAUAUAACCAGCUUACAUUUCAAUCUGCGAGCUUUACCUCUCAGGGAACUGCCGUGCUACGUGUUCAAAAUGUUCUCGGAUCUUGGCUUUGAUAAAAAAUUCAAUAUAAAGUCCCAAAAGCUGGCAAGGUUUAUUCUGCACGUGAAGAAAGGUUACCGGGACGUUCCUUACCACAGUUGGUUGCACGCGUUCAACGUGUCUCAGUGGGCGUAUGCUGCUAUCAUAAACUACAAGCUGGUGUCCCAGGGUUACUACACUGAGCUCCAAGGACUUAUGUAUAUGGUGGCUGGCUUAGUUCACGAUUUGGAUCACCGCGGGACCACUAACAGCUUCCAAAUACAGGGCCAGACCACGUUAGCAGCAUUAUACUCUAGCGAGGGUAGUGUGAUGGAGCGACAUCACUUGGCGCAGGCCAUGUGCGUGCUAAAUACAGACGGCUGUGACAUUCUGGAGUCUUUACCGAGGAGGGAGUAUGACAGGGCCAUUAUAUUACUCAGAGAUUACAUACUGGCUACGGAUCUAGCUAACUAUUUCAAAAAUCUAAACGACUUUAAGGCUAUAUCAUACGACUUCCAAAAAGGCAAUCGAUCUCACACGAGCGCGCUCCAAGCGAUGAUGAUGAACGCGGCCGACUUGAGCGAUCAACUUAAAGACUGGGGCAGCGUUAAGAAGACAGCGGCCGCCGUAUUGACAGAGUUCUUCAAGCAAGGGGAAUUGGAGAAGAGUCGAGGCGAGCUGCCCGUCACUAUUAUGGACAGAGAGAAGUGUUUUAUACCUGACCUUGAGAUACAGUUCCUUAAUACUACGUGUCUACCGUUAUUUGAAAUUUUAAGUCGCAUUAUACCGAAAGCGAAUCCCUGCGUCAAGAUCAUUGACAAUCACAUCGAGAGGUGGGAUGCUGCUAGACCUAUAUUUGCUGAGGUACCGAUAACAGCGGGAUUGUCAGUUCUAUUAAGUCCGGAAUUAGACACUUUGAUAGAAAAAAAUAUUAAAGAAAAAGAGAGACUUCGAUUAGAGGCAGAUGCUGGCGAGAGGAGCAGCGAGACAGAAUGA